CACUAAUAAACUCGGUCUCCGCCACAGUGCACAGUUUCAAACACUCGCUUCGCAAGCGUAGACCAGCGUAGAUGGGUUAGGGCGACAGACGAGAAGGGUAAACGAGAGUUGCCGUUCUUUAAUAAAAAAAAAAAAAGGGGGCCCAAGUAGGAAACGUCGCCUGCUGUUUAAAUGUUGUUGUUUCGUUUUGACUAGGAUAGUCCACUUUCCUCGCUCAACGCGAUUUAAUGGAUUACAUUGAUACCUGGAUUAAUGUGUGGAUCUAUUAUUGAAUUUUAGUGUGUGCGGUGAAAAUACAUGUGAGAUGGACAGAUGUUUUCAUGUGGAUUUCUACAAGUACAAUGGAUAUAACAAAAUAGUUUGUGUAUGUUAAAUGAUAAGUUAGAUAUUUUAUGGAUUAACGCAAGAUUUUAUCAAAUACAGGUCGGGAUGUUUAUUAUUUUUCCCAACGGAAAGCUUGGCUGACGUUUUCAUUACGGGUUUGAACUCAAACAAUUAAUUAAUAGACACGCCGAGGCAGCCAUGGGCAGUCUGCAGGAGAUGGAGCGUCUGCUCCGCGCCAAGGAGGACAAGAUCAAAGACCUGCAGCAGCUUCUGGAGGAGCGAGACGAGAAGAUCAUGCAGCUCCGCAGCAAGCUGGACAAGUUCCAGUCCAUCCUCCCACAGACACAGAACAACUUCAUCGGCGGACCCAGGAAACAGAGGGCACAGGGAAUCUCGGCCGAGCCGCAGGCCAUGAGGAAUUUUGAUAUCAGCAACUGUGUGUUGAGGAGGUACUCCAAGUCUACCAGUGCUAAUGUCAGUGAUAAUGUCAGUACUAAUGUCAGUACUAAUGUCAGUGAUAAUGUCAGUGCUAAUGCCAGGUCUAAUGUCAGUACUAAUGUCAGUACUAAUGUCAGUACUAAUGUCAGUGAUAAUGUCAGUGCUAAUGUCAGUGCUGAUGUCAGCCCGUCAUCAGGCUAG